AUGAUAAGCACUCAGAAAUUUGUCAGUUUAAAAGUGUCCGAGAUCACCAUGGGCACUGAUCUUAAGGUUCAGUGGCGUCGUACAAUACUUCUGCGGUGGUCCACAAAAACUAACUGUACAACUUUAAUGAUAAAUUAUUUUCAAGAGCAGUACAAAGAAGCAAUCGAUGCAUCGAGGAAACAAUUGGACGCAAUGUUCACCCGAACUUACGGAUCAUUUUACCAGUCACAUACACAGAAAGAGCCCAUUGGAAUUCAUCCAACUUUUGGUUCUGAAAUUUCGAUUUUUCGGAAAUCACUGGAAGAGUAUAUGAGUAAAAGGAUAGCUUUCAAAGUAGAUUUACCUAUCUUCAUCAAAUUUUUCGAUGAUUUGCAAGAAUUUUACGCAGGACAGAAGUAUAUUUCCUUAAAACCUACGUUAGAUCGAUUUUUCUUCGAUCUCUUCCGAACUUUGUUGCUCAUCCUUAACCCAACGGAUGAAAUUAGAGAGGACAAUUCCGAUUGCUCGAAAAGUUCUCUUGCAUUAAGAGCAUUCGGCGACAUACCAUUGAAGAUGGUUCGGCAGCUUGAAAGAAGUCUAGGAGCUGCGAGAUCUUUAACUCAUGCUCUGAAAUCAUCAUCCGAUAUUCUCCAGGAUAUUUUGCAGAAAGAACUGUCAACUGACUGUCAAAUCAAUGCCACCCAAAUGAAAUAUUGUGCUCAUUGCAUGCCGUCAGAUGGAAGAACAUCUGCAUUACGUUUUGACGAAUGUACCGUCCCAGUUAAACUCCUCGUCUGA